UGUACUGAACUCCUCUCUGUUUGUUAUACGCGGUUAUACGUUAGUUAGUGCUCGCGAGUUCACCUUCGGCAGCAAAAAUAAGUGGUCUCUCACUAGUUGUGACCUUCAUACAUUAAGAUCGGUCAAUAAUUGGGAUCGUAAUUAAAAAUGUCUUUGGAUCUUUCGGCGAUUCUUUCCAUUUGGAACUUUGUUUUGGGGUUUAUUGUCUUCGUGUAUCUUUUUUAUAAGUACAAAUUUACUCAAUGGAACUCGAAAAACAUCCCUACUUUAUCGCCUUCAAUUCCUUUUGGUAACAUGCAAAAUCCACUAACGCGUAAAACAACUACAUACGAACAUUUAAAAUCGAUCUACGAUCACAUGAAAGCUCGCGGUGCCAAACAUUUGGGAAUUUACAGUUACUUUAAUAUGGUUUAUGUCCCGAUCGAUUUAGAAAUAGUAAAAAAAGUUAUGACAACUGACUUUCAGCAUUUUGUCGAUCGCGGAGUUUAUUUUAAUGAAAAAGAUGACCCGUUAAGCGCGCAUUUAGUAAAUAUUGAAGGCGAUAAAUGGAGGAAAUUACGGACAAAGUUGACGCCCACUUUUACCAGCGGAAAAAUGAGAAAUAUGUUUAUAAUUUUAACGAAAUGCGGCGAACAAAUGUUAGACGCUCUAAACGAAACGAAAGAAGUUGAUAUCAAAGAAAUUUUAGGCUGUUUUACGACGGACGUGAUAGGAAAUUGCGCAUUUGGCCUAGAAUUAAACUCUUUUGCAGAGGAUAAAAACGAUUUUCGAGAUUUCGGUAAGAAAGCGAUGAAGCCAAAGUUGAUGGGAAUAUUAAAAUUAAUUUUUUGUAUGACUUUUCAAAAAUUAUCGUUGGCUUUACGAUUGCGGAUCUUAGAUAAAGAAGUCUCGAAUUUUUUUAUGAAUGCCGUUGCAAGUACGAUUACGUACAGAGAAGAGAAUAACAUUCAAAGAAACGAUUUUCUACAACUGUUAAUUGAAUUAAAAAAUACCAACGACAUUAACAACCGGUUAACGUUACAAGAGAUUUCCGCUCAAUGUUUUGUCUUUUUUCUUGCCGGGUUUGAAACGAGUUCAACGGCGAUGACAUUCUGCCUUUACGAAUUGGCCAAGAAUCAAGAUGUUCAGAACAAAGUUCGAGAUGAAAUUGUUAAAACUAUUCAAAAUCACAAUGGUAUUUUAACUUACGAUGGCUUGUCUGAAAUGAAGUAUUUACAGCAGGUUUUAAAUGAAACUUUAAGAAUGUAUCCUUCCGUUCCGUUCGUUGCAAGAAAAUGUACGAUGGAUUAUUCGUUACCUAUAUCUGGAAAAUUGAUGAAAAAAGGUACAAGAGUUUUCAUUCCAAUUUACGCCAUCCAUCAUGACGAAGAUAUCUACGAAAAUCCGCAGGUUUUUGACCCGGAAAGAUUUUCCGACGAGAAUAAAACCAAAAGACAUCCGUACUCAUUUUUACCGUUCGGGGAAGGACCCAGAAACUGUAUAGGUUCACGAUUUGGAUUGAUGCAAAGCAAAGUCGGAUUGGUAUUACUUCUGCAAAAGUAUCGAUUUGAGCCCAGUUCCAAAACUGAGAAAAUUACGUUUAAUCCCAAUGGAAUUUUAAUGGAUACUAAGGAAACCAUCUGGUUAACAAUUAAGAAAUUAUAGCUUAUUGUAUGCUAGAUGUUUGUUUUGGUAUUUAUUGUGUUGUUAUUAUUGGUAAAAACAUAAAUUAAAUCUCAAUUAAAGAAAAAGAACUCCU